AUGGUCGAUGCAGAAGCUGAUGCUGGCGAGGAGGCUUGCACUGAACUCCCUUCUUCUGCGGCCUCCCUCCACGAGCUAUCCGAGAAAGUCGUGCAGUUGACCAAGGCCGUCGUCUUCCUCUACACCCGGAGCGACGGCCACGAGGUGCGGCGGACGCUUUCAGAAGCCGCGGCCGAAGAGGAGUUGAAGCAGCUCACGGCGGCCGUUGCCAAGAAGCUGGAAUGCCACCGCCAGCAUGCGGCCAAGGCCAGCAGCAGGCUCAAUGGACGAGUGGAGGAAAUGGAGCGGCGCUAUGCCUCGCAAGUGCGCGAGGCACGGCAGACGGUCGACGGGCUGCGUGCGGCCACGCAGAAACGACACGAGGCUGCAGAAGCCGCAGCGGCCGCCCGCGCAACGCACCGUGCGUCGCAGGCGACAUCGCUGCGGCGCACUGCCGAGGAGCUGCGGAAUCGGCUCAGCGCGGCGGAGGGCCGUGCGACCUGCGACGAGCAGUGGCUAAUCCGGCAGAUAGCUGCAGAGACUCACCGCGAGAGGCGUGAACUCGAGAAGAGGUUCGAAGAAGAUGGCCGGCAGAUGAAGGCCCAACACGCAGAGCUCAUGGAGUAUGCGUGGUGCGCAUCGCCGGUACGGCAGCUGCGGGGGGAGAAGGACGACCGAGUGCAGGAGCUGCGCACCGAGUUGUCCGAGCGUCGACGCGCGGCGGAGCUGGAGGCAGAUGAAGCUUUGGCUGAAGCCGUGCAGCGACAGGAGAUGAGCUUCGAGGCCGAGAGACAAAAUCUCGAGAAUGCUGCCGAGCGAAAUGGUGCUGCCUUGGUGGAGGCGCGCGAAGAGUCUGCGCGGGCCAAAGACCAGUGCGAGGAGCGGCAGCGGGUGCUGGACGAGAUGUCCAGGGAGCUGCAGGAACGCAAGCGCCAAGGCCAAACACUCUCGAAGGAAGCAGAUGUGGCGCACCAGCGGAAGUUGCGCCACGAGAACGACGGAAGAGAGCUGAGACGGAAGAAGGAUUGUCGGUCUGGCGUGCGGCUUCGGACCAUCAUCAUCGUCGCUGUCAGCGUUACCACCAGAAUCACCAGCAUCCUCGUCCACAUCACCAGUAAAGACCCCUUCAAGCAACCUCUGCCGAAUGCGAAGGCGCUGCUGGAGCGAGGAUUGAAGUCAGUGAAGUUGAGGCGCUAUACCGUGGAGUUUCAAGAGCAUUCGAGGAAGGAAAGUUUGGGAGCGCAAUGA